AUGUCUGCACGACGACCACCCCCAGCAUAUACAGCACCCCCCGAUUCGGGGGUUCAUGCGACUUCGCAGUUGUACCGUUCAAUUUCCGAGACCGCAUCCAGCCCGUCUGCGCGCAUCUCAAAGGAAUCCUUUACCAUCAGACCGUGUUCCGCCCAAGCUUGGGUUGUCCCUGCCGGAAAUAUCUGCCGCCUGACCACACCAAACGGCCCACAGGUAGGAGACCUGAAUAUCUGGAACGCGAACAAUCCGCGGGAACGGAUGUGGGCUGCACGUACCCGACAGAUUCAUGCCUCCCAUGUCUCAGUAGGCGAUCGAUUAUGGUCAAACCUGCCGUACCUGCGACCCCUCGUAACCAUCACUGGUGACUCGCUGGGCGGCGGGCAGCUGCAUGACGUGCUUGGACCCGAUGGCAAGCGAAACCCGGAGGUCGUAUUCGGCACUACGCAGUUUGGUGGAAGAGUGCAUGACUUGAUGGGCACUCGUUGCGAUCCUUACGUGAACUUGCUCAUGGGCGGAGAGACCUUCGACUUCCACUGUCACUCAAAUCUCACUCGCUCCGUUGUCCCCUAUGGGCUGACGGAGUUGGAUGUCCACGAUGUCUUGAACGUGUUUCAAGUGACAGGACUAGAUGAGGAUGGAAAAUACUUCAUGGAGACCUCCCCUGCCCGGGCAGGCGAGUACUUUGAGUUCUUUGCCGAAGUGGAUGUCCUCUGCGCGCUCUCCGCGUGCCCUGGCGGUAUGGCACCUUCUAUGGUACACCCAUUUCUCAUUUCCAUGCUAAUAGUACUCGCAGGUGAUCUUUCCAACUGGGGCUGGGAUGACAAGGAAGGUGGUAUGGGGGCCACUUGUCGUCCGUUGGGCGUGGAGGUAUAUCAACUGGCAGAUGACAAGGUCCUCGAAGAGUGGAAGGCUCCAGUAAGCCCAAAUUACCAGGGAAUGCACGGCAUGAAGAUGCCUUCCCGCGAAAAGGAUGGUCACAUAGGAUUAUAG